UCGUCGCUGCGUUUCUAGCAGCUCAGUUGAUAAUUUAGCAUCUAGGCCAGGGAGUCUGACAGAACGGAAUAAAAUCAGUCCGGGGUACGGAGAUGCCAUAAAAAAAAAAAAUAAAUAAAAAAUGAUGAGAGGAGCCGCCGAUGUUGGGACGAGUGGUGAUAAAAUUGUGUGACUUAAAAUUAGGCGCAGUGAAAAAAACGAGCAGCAUCUCGUUGCGAGAAAUGUCGAAGAAAGGAUCGUCCAAGAAGGCUAGGGAGAAGGUGAAAACAGUUUUUCUGCGCGUGUUUCAGCCUCGCCUUACUUGUCCAGUUACUUUGGACAAAAGCGGCAACGUGUUGAUCAAAAUUCAAGCCAAGCCGGGAGCCAAGCACAACAAUGUAACAGACAUUUCCGAAGAGAGUGUCGGAGUCGCUAUAUCAGCACCUCCGGUCGAUGGCGAAGCAAACACAGAGCUGGUGAAAUACCUGACGUCGGUACUGGGCGUAAGGAAAUCGGACGUGUCUUUGGACAGGGGUUCGAAGAGUCGUCAGAAGACCGUCAUCGUGUCUAAUCAGACCGUGGAAAAGGUUCUCGAAAAACUUCGAGAGGAAAUGCAGACGAGUGGUUGACUUCGGUUAAUUGUAUGUAUUUUGGGUAAAAAUUUGUUUUAACAUAUAAAUUUUAGGAUUAUCAACGAACUCUGUUAAAUGUCGAGUUGAAACAACAAGCACACUCAUACACACACAUAAAAAGCAUAAUCAUGCACACGUACGCAAAUAUAUUUAUAUCAGUAUAUAUAAACUGCAUUAAAUUACAUAUAUUAAAUACAAUCAUUUUUAAUUAACCAUCGUUAAAUACGCGCGGGAUCCACGUCUAAAAUAUGCAACUCUCAAAGUUUCGUUAUUUGAUUCCAGCGCGCGUGGCUCAAAGAAUUAAGAUAGUGUUAUAAAAUUAAUAUGGCGCUUUAAACGGCGUGAAAAACAUAUCCAACUCAAAUAUUCAGGGGGGUAAUCUCACAUCACGGUGACUUUUUUUCAAUAAUUUCUUUUUCGUAUUAAAAUUUAUAUAUAAUAAUGAUUUCAAAUUUUUACAUAUAAAAUAGGAAGAUAUAAAGCAAUGCG